AUUUGCGACCGAUCCCGCUCGAUCGCCAUGGCGAAGCGCUUCUCUUCCGGAUUGCAAGCAAUGAAGUUCAUGCAACGCGGCCGCGAUGCCGCCAAGAAGGGAGAGGAGGACAAAGGGGAUGACGAUCACUGGGUAUCAUCCACAGCGCCGUCCAGCCGCAGAUGCGUCGUGAUCAUGGAAGGGGAUCCAAAGCCCGCUGCUUCGCUCGGGCGCAUGUCUUUCCAGAACUACAACCCAAGCAUCGAUAAAAUCCAUGAAGAUAUCCAGGCGAGAAGGUUUCCAAAGGCCGCAAGUUCUAGUGACGAGCAACAAGCUGACAACGAAACCAAGGACAGUGACGAGAGAACCAAAGCCGAGAGCUCAACCAGCGCUGGAAACACGAAAGAAGAGAACCAACAGCAGCCUGCAAGCAAGAAACGCAAAGCCGAGAACCACCACAAACCUCCAGAGAAACCCACUCCAAAAAAUCCAAUCAACAGGCAAACUCCAGCGUCCCAGAACAGAUUCGACGCCAUACGAGCUCAAGGAUUCAGGAAACCUCCAAAGUUCUAAUUGGUAACAUAGAGUUUGCAAAAGUACCUCUCACGGUCACGAGCUUUGACGAUUU